UCACUAGUGAAAAUACAAUUACUGAUAUCAAGAAUUGAAUUGUGGAAAUCAAGAAUUCAUAUCCUGAGAACGGCUUUCCAUAAAUGUCUUGUCUGUGCAUUAUAGUGAAGACAGACAACUCUGGACACAUGUCCUAUCAUGUGUGCCUGUGAAAGACGACUGAGCCAAUCAGAUUAAGUAUGGGGCGGAGCGACGCGUGUAGCCCCGCCCCAUUCAGCAGCCAGGUGUAUUUGAGGAGAUGCUGCAUGUGUUCAUUUUUUCUGUUUUCUAUCUUCCUUAAUAACCACUAUUCUGUCGCCGUGUUUCCGUCUGAGCAAAAUUUAGAGGAAAGUGAAUAAAAGUGUACUUUUUUCUUACAAAAAUGUCACUUCGAAGUUUGACGUUCGUCUCCAUCGUUGUGUUCAUCACCACUGAAGCGGUUUCAGGUGAAGAUGUGUUGAAAGCAGUGGGUGAUCAAGUUUCUUUUCGUCCAGACAAAUUUGUUCCUCCUGUCACCAGCAUCAUCUGGAAACACAUCACCACUGAUGGAAUUACUGUUGUCAAGGCGAUUGAAUGGGAAAAAGGAGAACCAGAAACUCCCGAAAUCCCGAAUCCCAGAUUCAAAGGCAUCACAACUGUUGAUGAAAAGACUGGAGAAAUUAAUAUAACUAAUCUAAAAGUCGAACAUAGUGGAGUUUAUACCAUUGACAUCAACAUGAAAGAGCAGAAACAAAAAUUCACAUUGACUGUUAUGGAGCGAGUCCCCAAACCUGUCAUAAAAGUGAAUAUGACAGAAGAUAAUCCUGAUGAUGUGUAUUUGAGAUGUGAAUACAAUGAAACGAUCAUCUGGAAGAAUUCUGCUGGAAAAACACUGAAAGGCUCGAAGCUCAAUCCAACAAGAGAGUCCAUCACAGUCAAAAACAAAGGAAACCUAAAAAACUUCUACACCUGUACACUGAAGAACGCAGUGAGUGAGGAGACCAGUGAUCCGGUCUAUGAGAGUGAUCUGUUUGAAGAUGUGUCAAGCAAAGAACUUUUGGGGAUACUGAUUGCCAUCACAAUCAUCCAAAUCAUCAUCAUUAGCUUCCACUUUGUCCAGUAUAAAGUCAGCCCUGAAUUUAUCAAGUUUGUUGAAGACCACUGUCCAUUAAUCGAAGGACUAUAUUCUCCAGUACUGGCAAACAUUAAUGCAGAAAGAAGAAAGUCAUAUUCACCUAGGAUGGCUUGAGGCUGUCCUUGAAGAAGAAGACUUAUCAUCUUAUCAACUUGCAGAUUUUCUUUUCUUUGUUACCAAACAUUUCAUUGUGGGAAACAAUUAUAUGCAUUAUGUUGUUUUUUUUAUCUGUUACGUUUGGCUGUUGCGGGAGAGAAGUAUAUAAAGGGGUGUCCAAACACUGCCUCAAACAAGUCAUGAACCACAAUCUGCUGACCUAAUCUUUACUUUUAAGAAUCCAGAAGUUAUUAGUAUGGAGGUUUACAUUAAGAUGUGCUCACCAAAAUGGACAUCUUGAAAAGGGGGAAUAAAUUGGUGUAUUUUGAGACUGAAUUUGAUUUUUAUGACAACUGCAUUCUGGGGUUGGAUGUGAAAGUGCCCUUCAUCAGAUAUGAUUAUCAAUGUGAGGAGUGGCAAGCAGUAGCUAGAGUGUUUGUUGAAGGGUAGAAGCAAGCUAGAUACUUACCAAACUGGAAAAACCAUUCCUGGAAGAAGUACUUAAUGGCACUACAACCAGUAAUUUAAAGGAUUCCCUGUUGCUGUACAUGUCUGAACAAGAAAGAGCUGUCAGUAUGAGCGCUUUGAAAGACUUUGACUCAGAUUAAUGGUUUGAUGUUCUUGAGUGCAAGGACAACAAGGACAAUCUGGUCCCUCUGCUGGCACAAAUGGGACACAAAGACAUCAUACAGGCCCCAAUGUAUGUGAUCGAGUGCUGGCGUCCCAUUAUGGUGGAUGUUGCAUGGAUAGAUGGUUGCACUGUGCAAUUCAAACAACUGCAAUAACGGUAAAGGAGAUGUUCCUCCUCCAGAUGACGUGACGGCACCCCAGACAACAGUUGCACGCUGUCUGAAAAAGUACAUUCCUGAAUUUGAUCUGAACACCCUUCAGCUUUUCCUCCGGUUCUGUACUGGUUCAGAUUUCACAGAGAAGCCUGUUACAAUUUUCUUCGCAGACCACGAACAUGUGGAUGCAUCUUAAAGCUGCCAGUGGGCUAUCGCAGUUAUCCCAAUCUCCGCAGUGAAUUCAAUAAGAUUAUCACAAGCUCAUGGGUUAUGGAUAUUAUUUAAGCCCACGAAGUUGACAAGCACAAUUCUGUGACCAAAAAUGUGAAGAAAUCAAGAAACGUAGUCCCAAGCAGAAAUUUGUACACAAAAAAGUAAAUUGGUCCAUCAUUUAGGAUAAUAGCACUGUUUUCAGGAUACAAAAUCAGUUCAGUAGUUGGUCAUUUUUCAGAGCUGUUUGACAUGGCUAUUUUCAGGGGAACGUGAAGUAGAACUGAAUGUAUUGCAGUUUCCUCCAAAACUAAAUAUGCAGUACAGGGUUGGUUUUGUCCAGUCUUUAUCUUAAUUAUACAGCACAUGUUGUUAUGUAGGCUAUAUUAUUUGGUUUCUACGUGAUUUGGUAAAAUUGGUUCAUAUAUGAAAUUACACUUAUGUGUGCACUUGCUUGUGAACAUUAUAGCGACUGUGCAUUUCUUAUUCUGAGUUUUUAUAUUAAUUAUAUUUUUGGAGUUUUCAAAUAAACUGUGAAUUUA